AGUAAAUGUCAAAACAGAACCUGCCGAGCUGAGUGUGAAAAAUUCAGUAUAAAUGGCAGCAAUUGAGAAAGUAAAAGUGGUUGUUCUUGGCGAUUCAGGUGUUGGCAAAACAUCGCUGACGUACUUGAUAGCUCACAAUAAACCUCUGCUAUCUCCUGGGUGGACUGUAGGCUGCUCUGUGGAAGUGAAGCUACAUAAGUAUAAAGAAGGCACUCAGGCGCAAAACACUUUUUUUGUCGAACUUUGGGACGUAGGCGGAUCCAAUGGCCAUAGAAAUACCAGGAAUGUGUUUUAUCAGCCGACGCAUGGUAUUAUUUUGGUACAUGACUUAACAAACAGAAAAAGUCAAAUUAACUUACAGAAAUGGUUAUCAGAAAUAUUAAAUCAAGACGGUCCAAGUCCUUUGCAGCAUGUAGACGUCGAUCCAGAACAGUUUUUGGGUUCUACUCAGAUUCCAAUACUUGUAAUUGGGACCAAAUUCGACAUGGCGGAGGAAAAACAAAAGAAGAAUCAAUAUAGAAGACUAGCCAGUAGCAUUGCAGAGCAGUGUGGGUCCGAUGAAAUAUUUGUCAACUGCCAUCAAUCCAGGUCCUUAGCUCCAGGAACAAGUAAUUCAGUGAAGUUGACUAGGUUUUUCGAUAAGGUAAUAGAACGGAGAUAUUAUUCCCGCAUCAGUCCUUUCCCGGACAAACGCAGACAGAUACCGUCGUACAUGAUGACUACUUCUACACCACUAUCCAGUAACAGACCACCUCAGUACUUGAGUCCCAGGUUUUACCACAUGGAUUGAUUUUUAUUGUGGUUCUGAUAUAUAUUUUUUUAUUCAUGCAGAGCUUUAAAUAACUUGUUUACAUUAUUUUAUAAGAGUUGUUGAUAACUAUCUAAACUAAAGUUGUAUCGAAUUGGAAAAUCGGUUCACAUAUUUAUUGAUCAUUCCAAAAUCAUAGUUAUUACAUACGAACCGAUUGGUAAUAUUUGUAAAUAAAUAAGUUGCUAAAGUUUAUAUAAAAGU